CAUCCUCCCGUGUGUCUUAACCUCGUUUACUCCGAAUAUAAUCUCUAUCGAUCCGGCGCCCCCCCACGUGCGUAAUCACUGAUCUUCCCUUGUAAUUCGAAGUCUAAUGUUCUAAUCCGACCCGCGCGUCUUUUGGUUUCACUCUUCUUCUUCUGCUUUCCGUCUCCUUCUAGUCUCUCGACCAGCCCCAACAAUGGCGGCUCCUUCACUUCUCCCUCUGCUCCUCCCCUUCCUCCUUUUCCUCGCCUCCCCAUAUCUCUCCGCCUCCCACCGCUCGUUCCUCAAACUCCCCCUCCUCCACCGCCCCUCCCCCUCCCCCUCCCCCUCCCCCCGCCUUCUCCGUCGCAGCCCCUCCGCCAAGUACCCCGUCAAGUCCGGCGCCCCCUUCGGCGCCGGCCAGUACUUCGUCGUCCUCCACCUCGGCACCCCUCCCCAGCGCCUCCUCCUCGUCGUAGACACCGGCAGCGACCUCGUCUGGGCCCACUGCUCCUCCUGCUGCGGCGGGGACUGCUCCCGCCGAGCCCCCGGCUCCGCCUUCCUCGCCCGCUGCUCUUCCUCCUUCCGCCCCAACCACUGCUACUCCCCCUCCUGCCGCCUCGUCCCCCGCCCCCCCCCCUCGCGCUGCAACCGCACCCACCUUCACAGCGCGUGCCGCUACGAGUACACCUACUCCGACGGCUCCCUGUCGAGCGGGUUCUUCUCCAGAGAGACCGUCGCCCUGAACACGACAAGAGCCGAGACCGAGACGGCGGCGAGGCUCAAGGGGCUUGCCUUCGGCUGCGGGUUCCGGGUGUCGGGUCCGAGUGUAACCGGGUCGAGCUUCAAUGGGGCCCAGGGAGUCAUGGGCCUAGGCCGUGGGCCCAUCUCAUUCUCCUCCCAGCUCGGUCGCCGCAUUGGCAGCAGCAAGUUCUCCUACUGCCUCAUGGACUACACUCUCUCUCCUCCGCCCACCAGCUACCUCAUCAUCGGCGACGGUCCCAGAGAAGAGAACGCAACCUCCUCCUCCCUCGCGUUCACUCCGCUGCUUGCCAACCCCCUCUUGCCCACGUUCUACUACGUGGGCAUCAAGCGCGUGUACGUCGACGGCGAGCGGCUGCCCAUCGACCCCUCCGUCUGGUCCCUCGACGAGCGCGGCAACGGCGGCACCAUCGUCGACUCCGGCACGACCCUCACGUUCCUGGCGGAGCCGGGAUACCGCCGUAUCCUAGCGGCAAUGAGACGGCGUGUGGGGCUGCCGGAGGCGGAGAGGGUGCCGCCUGGAUUCGACCUGUGCGUGAACGUGACUGGGGUCCGGCGGCCGAGGCUGCCGAGGCUGAGCUUCGAGAUGGUGGGGGAAGCGGUGUUCUCGCCGCCGGCGAGGAAUUACUUCAUAGAGGUGGCGGAGGGGGUGAGGUGCCUGGCGGUGCGGCCGGCGGAGACGGAGGGCGGUGGUUCCUCGGUUAUAGGGAAUGUGAUGCAGCAGGGGUUCCUGUGGGAGUUCGAUGGGGACAGGUCGCGGCUCGGCUUUUCACGUCGCGGCUGUGCCGCGUCGUGACUCGCGAGUGGGGGAGGGGGGGACUGAGUUCGGGCCCGUGUUUCAUGUUUGGUGGGUUGUGGGAUUGGACUGCAAAAUGAUUUCUUCUGAUUUUUC